AUGGGCUGUCGGUGCGAAGUGGAUACGCCUAGCGGGGGCGAGGAGGAAGAAGCAAGCGAAUCGCUCCCCCUGCGGACUUCCUGUCGCUCGCCGCGCUUACUGUCGUGUUUUUCUUGUCUGGGCUCUGCGGUGGCGCCCCUGCGGAAACUCGCGCGGUGUUGCACGCCUCGUGCGCUUUUUCUGGUCGCAUCCGCGACUCUCUGUGCCCUCCUUCUGCUGUCUCAUACGUGUGUCAAUCUCUUGACUUUGACGCGUUUCUUCGCGUCUCCGGCCGAAGACUUCUUUUCGCUUUCCGCAAACUGGCUGCCUUCCUCGUUGAACAGCCACGCGCUUUUUGAGGGCUUCUUCUUCGUAAAGAAUGGGGCACGAGUCUCCUCACGCGCGACCCGUCCGCAAGGAAGUCGCCUCUCGAGUCUCGACGAACGCCUCCUUUCGUGUCCCUUUCAGCCUGACUCCGAACACAGCCGUAGACGACGUCGCAGGCCUCCGCGAGCUCCAGAGGCCGUCGAGGACGAAGCAGCCGCGAGUGAGGGCGAAGCCGAGCAGUCCAAGGCUGCUUCGGAGCGACAGAGCCGUGGCGGCACUCUCUCGCCGGCAUUCUUUUUCCAUCUGGGGGAUCGCCACAACGAAUUCCCAGCCCUGGACUUCGUGGCAGACCUCGAAGACCGCUGCGAACUCGUGCGAACCGAAGAGCAACGACGACCCCACGGCACGCCAAGCGCUUCUGCUUCCCAGCCACGCGCAUCGUCGCCGUCCGCCGCCGUCGCAGGUUUCGAUUCCCCAGGGAGUGAAGCACGCGAACGCGGGAGGAGAUCCCCGUGGACGCCACCGUCGUUUCUGGGCCAUGCAGCUGCGGCGGGGGCAGAAUCCCUCCCUCUCAUUUCUUCGUCGAGUUCCAUCCUGCCUCCGCCAGCGUCGAUUGCUUACACGCGCGCGCUCCUUUCCCGCUUGGCGGCGGAGGGGGAGAGUCCCGAGGAAGCAGGAAAGCGCGCGCUGCUACCGGGAGUCGACUUUCCAGCGACGCGCGUGUUUGUGCUCUAUGUGCCGCACACCGGAGACCGGUCGUCUAUGACGCAGAUCGACCAGGCCUUCGGCUUCAUUGAGUCUUGGAGGUACGCCUUCUCGGUUUCUCAAAACAAAAGAAAAGAGAUCGUGGAGCUGCCCGACGCGCGCCUGCCUCCCGACUUCAGCCGCGACGCCCUGACUGGGGAGAAUCUCUUCUUCGCGUCGAGUUUGAAAAGCACCAAACACCCAGCCGGAAACGGCAGACAAACGCGCGACCGCUGGCGCCCUGUCCUGAGCGAUGAGCUCGCAAGAGAAGAAGCCAGUCUCGAAGAGCACAGGGAAAGACGGGAACUCCACAGCCGAACCUCGGCUCUUGCAUACGCGCCCGGCCCCCCUUCUGCGUCGCCUCCGGCGCCUUCUUUGCCUUCUGCCCUGCCGUCUUCCGCCGCUUCCUCGUCGCCUGGUUCGAGCCUCGUUCAGGCGAAAACCACAACGCCCCCGAAAGGGAGGCGAGACGAAGGCGAGCAAGAGGGGGACGCCAAAGCAGGCGAGCCGCAGGCGGGCAUCGACGCUGAGGAGGCUGAAGUGCCUCUGACCCUGGAAGAAGCUCCAGAGAUACAGGGCGAGAUCGGAGGCUCCACAGCCCUACGGACGCCAGUCGUCAACGACGUUCUCAUUGUCGUCGACCCGCGAGUGGAGGGCGUCCAUCUGCCCUGGAUCUGCGACGAGCUCGACGCCCUGGGCGGCAUCGCAGGCGCCCGUCGCGACCUCCUCCGCCGACUCAGGAGAGGCCUUGCCUUGCGGCAGCGGAGUGCGACAAGCACCCAGAAAAAUUCCACGGCGCAUGCAGAACGCCUCUCCCCCGGCGCGUUGGCGGGAGACGCGCAGUCCGUGAGCAGGGAGAACGACUCCGAAGGCGACGCACAGGACCCCACGCAGAGUGCAGAAAAGAGAGAGGCGCUCGCCGCCGACACGCCCCCGCGGAUCGGCGAAGACGCGCAGCAGCAUCGCUGUCUCGUCGUGCGCCUGCUUCUCGACGAGACGCAGGGCCGCGCCUUCUGGACGCAGAAGCACCCCGCCAUGCAUUCUGUGAGCGCCUUGACGCACCCGCUGGUCGCCUGGCUCUUGGGGCAGUACGACCUAGCCCUGCGCAGCGACAACGACGCCUUCCUCUCGCCCGCGCUUGUGCGGACGGACAACACGCCGUGGAUCACGGGUGUGAACGAAGAGACUGGCGAGGCGGAGUUCGCAUUCUUUACAGGCUGGGGCGGCUACAACUCAGAAACGAAUCGCAUCGUCCUUCCAGAGUACGCGCGCCUCCUCAAGCUCAGACAUCAACGCGUCCACAACGUCGGCAGCACGUGGUACGGGCGACCCAGCGACGUCGUCCGCGCCGCGAGACUCAGCGUCAAGGUCGGAGAUUUUCUGAUGAACGCAGAUCCAGUCUUCGUCCGUCUGGACGGCGAGUGGCCGACCUGGUACCGCGGGGUGCUUCUGCUGUACGCGGCGGAAAUCGCUGUGAACCACCUCAUCGACAGACGCCGACUUUUCGUCAGAAAAGACUUGCUAGACACCUCGGCAGCUGAGAAGAUCAAGUGGACUGAGUCGCCGGGGCUGCACAUCCACUGUUGGCACACGCCAGACUUCUUCAGCAAACACAGAUUCGGCGACGGCGGCUACGACGAAAAAGCUCUGCUUGGCUCACCAGACUUUGACUUCGAAGACGUGCGCUGGUAUGCCUUCUUGAACGCCAGCAACGGAAAACGGAGACGGGAGCUGCAGCAGCUUGCGGCGAAGAGAGUCGCGAAGCGGGCCGAAGGAGACAUUUUGGCUUAUGCGCCUCUCUCGCGCCUGCUGGAGUCCGUCCUCGUGAAGCCUUUCUCUUCUUGUCCGCUGGAAAAGCCGCACGCGGUCUAUGGUGGCCGCGUGUGCUGCGUGUUCAAAAAGCGACUUUGUAUGCGGAGCAAGUCUGGAAGGCAGACGAAGGAGGAACAAGGCACAUGCUGCAAAAUAGGCCGCGACGCCGAGUUCUGCGUCCUGCCGCCAUGCCGAGAUUGGACUCCUGAAGAAGCUCCCUCCGAGCGCCCAACCCCAGAAGAGCAAACGUUUUCUUCCGCGCAGGACUCUGUACCAAGGGUGGACACGGGCGCCGACCCGACUGAGUACGCGACCCACGCGCAGGCACAUGCGCGCAGCAGCAUGUGCAAAUAUAUCAAUCUAUAA